AUGACGAAGCCUUACAAAGCAUUUUGGGUGGUUGCUGUUGUUGUUGUGUCAAUUUGGUCCAAACAAAUAUUAUUUGAAGUUUUCAUUAGUUGUCUUAUGCGACGCAACUCCCAGAAUAGUUUUCGACUAUUGUUCAUGCUCCAAGCCAAUCCCGAAAGAUUCGUUUUGUUUAAUAAACACGUCAGAUUAUGCUUUUGCAAAGCAAACACCCUUGAUCAAGGUCUAACGUCUUAUGGCCUUAGUCAGAUAUCUACAUAG